AUGGCCUUUCUACUAAACGAACCUUUGCUUUCGGACCGACCUCCCUCUAUCGAUAUACUAAGCAUUACGGCUAAAGGAGAUAACGCAAGCCAAGAUAAGUUAAUUGAUAAAGCAAUUGAGAAUCAAGCGAUUAAAGGUCAAGCGGCUAAAGGUCAAGCGGCUAAGGGUCAAGCGGCUGAAGGUCAAGCGGCUGAGGUGAACAAAUCUAGCAAAGCUCAAUUGGCUACGGAUGCGCCAGACCUUACUUUUGCUAAGCGCCGCGCUAUUACAACUCGACAGCUAUCCGCUGACAAGCAUUUACAAGAAAUUCUUGACCUUACUUUUGCUGAGCGCCGCGCUACUACAACUCGACAGCCAUCCGCAACACAACAAUCGACGAGUCAAGCGAGUGUAUCAGCUCAGCUUCAAAACGAAGAUCCGUCUUACGACUUAAGUGCUAAAAACAAUUCUUUUGCAGCUGCUGAACCUUCUUCUGCUUUUAUUAGCAAUCGCACUAAAAAAGCUUUCGCGCAAAAAGCUCCUAAAAGGUCUUUCACUGUCCCGGGCCUAAUUAUAGCUACAAAAACCGCGACGAAAACGAUGCUUUAUAGUGAUACAGAUGAAGAAGAGCAAGGCGAUGAUGAGGAAAACUCAAGUGAAAAUGAUAUUCCUUUCUCUCAACACAAAAGAGUUAAAAAAUCACUCUCGACGGCUAAAGCUGCUCGCUCCGUUCUAUCAGCUAGCAAAUCACCUUCGGCAGCUAAAACUUCUUUUCAAUGUUUACAAGAAGCUUUAAAGGCAUUCUUCGUAAGAGAGUUUAAAAUGACGAACUUAUAUGCUAUUCACGCUAAACGAGUAACGAUUCAAAACAAAGAUAUGGCGUUAGUUAAGAAAUUGCGGGAAAUCAUGACUAGAAGUUUUGUUUAG